CAUUUUCAUUCAUUGGUAUUAUUUAGUAGUUUAGUACGCAUGAACCAGUAAAGAUAACAAGAAAGAAAAAAAAAACAGAGGAGAAAGGAUAACAAAUUAAUUAGAUAAUGUCUGCUUAUACCUCAUUAAACUCUCUCUUCCUUCUCACAUUUUUCUUUGCAAGCUUGAGAGCUUCUGCACAUUUACAGGACCUGACUUACGUCGGCCAUAGUUGCAGUAAGACGACAUCAACAAACAUCACUUACUUCUCAAAUCUCCAAACUCUUUUGACCUCUCUUUCUUCUAACAGUGCUUACUUCUCCUUGGGAUCUCAUAGUCUUACAAAGGGUCAAAACGCCAGCAUGGUAUUCGGACUUUAUCUCUGCAGAGGAGAUCUCUCGCCGGAAGAUUGUGGUGAUUGUGUCGUAAAUGCUUCUAAAGACGUUCGAAGUAGAUGUCUACGAGGGAAAGAGUUCUUGAUUCAGUAUGAUGAGUGCAUGCUUGGAUACACGGACCGGAAUAUUUUCAUGGAUGCUGUAACCACAAGGUCCACUCCUACAAUAAUCACUUGGAACACUCAGAAUAUUAAGGCGGACUUGGACCGGUUUAACGAUACUGUGUUUUCUCUGAUUAACAAGUCUGCAGUGGAAGCUGCUAAUAGCAAAUCGAAGAAAUUCGCGGUUAUUAAAUCGAAUUUCACUUCGUCCCUGACGGUAUAUUCAUCGGUUCAGUGUAUUCCUGAUCUGUCUAGUGGAGAAUGCUUAAGCUGUCUCCAACAGUCCAUCAAUGAAAUUUUUUUCACCAAAGUCGGAGGAAGAGUUCUUGUCCCGAGUUGUAACUUAAGGUACGAGAUUUACCCUUUCUACGAUGAAACCUCUGUGAAAACUCUCUCUCCAUUGCCGCCGGUUUCAGCUCCUCAAUUGCCAAUAAAGAUUCCUCACCCGGUUUUAGCUCCUCCACUGCCGGCUGGUAAAGGAAAAAGAGGAAAUUCCACGAGGGUAAUCUUAGAAAUUUGUGUGCCGGCGGCUUUCUCUGUUCUUCUUUUUGUGGCUGUAUUUACCUUCCGUUUGACAAAGAGAGUGAAGAAGACUAAUGACACAGCAGUUGCAGAUGAAGAUGGGGAUGAUAUUUCAACGGCAGGCUCUCUGCAGUUUUGUUUUAAGGUUGUUGAAGCUGCGACAAAUAAAUUUUCAAUAUGUAACAAACUCGGUCAAGGUGGAUUCGGACAAGUUUACAAGGGCACACUUCCUAAUGGAGUACAAGUUGCCGUGAAGAGACUAUCGAAAACAUCGGGACAAGGUGAAAAAGAGUUCAAGAACGAAGUUGUUGUUGUGGCAAAGCUUCAGCACAGAAAUCUGGUCAAGCUUCUUGGAUUUUGUUUAGAGAGAGAAGAGAAAAUACUUGUCUACGAGUUUGUGUCUAAUAAAAGCCUUGAUUACUUCUUGUUUGACUCUAAAAAGCAGAGCCAGCUGGAUUGGACUACACGGUAUAAGAUCAUAGGAGGAAUUUCUAGAGGAAUAUUGUAUCUCCAUCAAGAUUCACGACUCACAAUCAUACAUCGAGACCUCAAAGCGGGUAACAUCCUCUUGGAUGCUGAUAUGAACCCGAAAAUUGCAGAUUUUGGAAUGGCGAGAAUUUUUGAAAUGGACCAAACAGAAGCCAAUACGAGAAGAGUAGUUGGAACCUAUGGUUACAUGUCACCUGAGUAUGCCAUGUACGGCCAAUUCUCAAUGAAAUCUGAUGUCUAUAGCUUUGGAGUCUUAGUUCUUGAGAUUAUAAGCGGGAGGAAGAACAGCAGCCUUUAUCAGAUGGAUGCUUGUUUGGGAAACUUGGUUACAUAUACUUGGAGGCUAUGGACCAAUGAGACGCCAUUAGAGCUUGUGGAUUCGUCCUUUCGAACGAAUUAUCAAAGAAACGAAAUAAUUAGAUGCAUCCAUAUCGCCUUAUUAUGUGUUCAAGAAGAUACUGAAGAUCGUCCAACUAUGUCAAUGAUCGUUCAAAUGCUUACUACUAGCUCGAUUUCCCUAGCUGCACCUCGACCACCUGGUUUUUUCUUCCGAAGUAAGCAUGAAGAAGCAGGUCCAUCAACAAAUAAAUCCUCUCUCUGUUCCAUUGAUGAUGCAUCCAUUACCAUGCUAACUCCUCGUUAAAUAACUCGUUUCAUAAACUAAAAACUAUUGCAAUUCCAAAAUUUACAGUUUUUGCGUUCAUAUUAGAAUCUAUGAAAAUGCUACUAGCUUUGAGGUCACGGUGUAUGAUUAUAAGUUGAGGUUUAUCAUAAA